CAGGCACACACACGCACAUGCAUGCACACGUUCACAAGGAUUGGAUUUCUACAUAGCCUCUUCAUAGAGUGGGGUUGGGGGAUAAGGAAUGCAUAGAUAGCCCUGAGGUAUGACAAGGAUGACGAUGAUGAUGAUAAUGAUGAUGAUGAAUCCGUGGGCUGUUUGUGCUCGCCUCAGAACGACCAAACGAUCCAGCGACCAGCAGGACCUUCAUGCAUGUGAACCAGGACUCUUUCGUUUUCUUCCCAAGAGGACAAGUCAAGAUGGCCGUCGCCCUCAUGGUCGCCCUCAUCGUCGCCCUCGUCUUCGACGUCGACGACGUCGACAAGAAGUGGGAAUAAAGUUAAGGUGAAAUCAGAAUCCUGUCGAGGGUAUCUCCAGUUGACGAAUCCUACUGACAGUGAAGAGAAAUUGUUUCAACUCAUUCUCGCGGCUUGUGGCAAAUCAAAGAGAUGAAACUUUUGUUGGCGGUUUUGCUUCUCUGCUUCAUAGCAGAGGUGGUCUUAUCACAAAAGCCCGCCAGAAUUGGGCCCGAUGGCAAACCUUUGCUCAACAGACCCAUCGUAGAGGAGUGCAAAAAAAGAAAAUCCCAUCUGAAGUGGGGCGGCCAUCAUUAUUUCCUCUCGUGGAGGGAGCCUUGGCACAAAUUUGAGGACUGGGAUUGGUUCAAUGGUCGUAACUUUUGCCGUGACCGUUGCAUGGACUUGGUGAGCUUCGACACUCCUGGGGAAUACGAAAUCUUCGCUGCCAUUGCUCUUCAAGACAAUAUCAAUUCGACUUACACCUCGGGCCGAAAAUGCAACUUCAAGGGCAAGGGAUGUGACGCGGCUCAUCUUCAACCCAUCAACAAGAACGGCUGGUUUUGGGCCGGUGCUUCGAAUACCCGCAUCCCCGACACGGAGGAAAACAACGAGUUCUCCUACUGGAGCCCCGUGGGAGAAACGGGUCAGCGACAGCCGGACAACUACGAAGGUCUCAAGGAGGGUCCCAUUGACACUGACUUUGACAUCGGCGUCACCAUCGAGGGUCUCCAAGAGUACCACGAUGAGGCGUGUCUGGCUGCCAUGAAUAACAAGUACCAAGACGGCUUUGCUUGGCACGACGUGGCUUGUCAUUUCCGAUCUGUGAUCAUUUGUGAGGACUCAGAUCAACUCAUCUCCCUAGUCAAGAGCCAGGAUGCCGAGGAUGUGGCCGAGACGGUGGUCGAAGGCAAGAAUGCCGUGGACAUCGACACUUUGGACCUGAUCAGCAUCCAACCCAUCGUGCGCAAUCCUCUCCAGCAGGCUCCACCCCUGGGGCCUGGACCCAAUCGUCCUCCUAACUUCCCUCAGCCCCAGAGACGACCCCGCCCCCCAAUCAGGCCCAAGAGGAGGCCCAGUGGCUUCCUCGGAGCUCUCGGUUUCAGAGGCCUUCCAUUUUUAUUCAAGUAGACACUAUAAUUAGACGAAACAACAAAUCGAAUAAAAUCAAAUGUUUUAUGACGCAAUUAGAA